AUGGCAAGGGACAUUCAAAACCAUCUUUUGUUUGAAGUGGCCACAGAAGUGGCCAACAGAGUCGGUGGUAUCUAUUCGGUACUUAAAUCGAAGGCGCCGGUAACGUGCGCGCAGUAUCGGCACAACUAUACGUUGAUAGGUCCAUUGAACAAGCAGAAUGUGCAAAUGGAAGUGGAAGAAAUCGAUUGGCGUGACCCUGCUACCUUUGACGGGCGUGGUAACGGGGAUAACACGCGCGAAAUUGGUAGUGCGCUCGAAGCAAUGAGUGGUCGCGGAGUGCGGUUCGUUUACGGACGAUGGCUCAUCGAGGGCGCACCUCGUGUCAUUUUGUUCGAAUUGGACUCUGUGCGAGGCCAUCUGAACGAAUGGAAGACGGACUUGUGGAGCAUUGCAGGGAUUCCCUCCCCAGAAAGUGAUUACGAGACCAACGAUGCCAUUUUGUUCGGGUACAUGGUCACGUGGUUUUUAGGCGAACUUGCGCAUAUGGAUCAACGGCACGCGAUUGUGGCGCAUUUCCACGAAUGGCUGGCCGGGGUAGCGCUGCCCUUGUGUCGCAAACGUCGCAUUGACAUUGUUACCGUUUUCACGACCCACGCGACACUGCUGGGCCGGUAUCUUUGCGCGGGUAAUGUCGAUUUCUACAAUAACUUGGACAAGUUUGAUGUCGACGCAGAAGCGGGCAAAAGAGGAAUUUACCACCGUUACUGUGUCGAGCGUGCUGCUGCGCAUACGGCAGAUGUGUUCACUACCGUUUCUCAAAUUACCGCGUAUGAAUCCGAGCACCUGCUGAAGCGCAAACCUGACGGGAUUUUACCCAAUGGUCUCAAUGUGAUCAAGUUUCAAGCUGUGCACGAAUUUCAAAACUUGCAUGCGGUUAAAAAGGAGAAGAUUAACGAUUUUAUUAGAGGCCACUUUCACGGUCACUACGAUUUCGAUCUUGAAAACACUUUGUAUUUCUUCAUUGCAGGCAGAUACGAAAUGAGAAACAAAGGUGCAGACGUGUUCAUCGAAGCGCUUGCGCGCUUGAACUAUCGCCUGAAAAUGGCCAAUUCAAAAAUGACCGUUGUUGCGUUCAUCAUUAUGCCGGCGAAAAACAAGUCUUACACGGUCGAAGCAUUGAGAGGUCAGGCCGUUGUUCAGUCCUUGGAAUCCACUGUGAACGAUAUUUCCUCUCUAAUUGGCAAAAGACUAUUCGAGCAUGCCAUGAGAUACGCGCACGACGGUACGUCUGGGAUACCCACCGAAUUGGGGGAACUUCUCAAGCCUUCCGACAGGGUGCUUUUAAAAAAACGAGUUUUUGCCCUCAAAAGACCAGAUGGGUCUUUACCCGCGGUGGUGACGCAUAACAUGGUGGACGAUGCUAAUGAUCCUGUCCUUUCCCAGAUUAGGCGGGUUCAAUUGUUCAACAAUUCAAAUGAUCGCGUUAAAAUCAUUUUCCACCCUGAAUUUCUGAAUGCAAAUAAUCCAAUUUUGUCCCUGGACUACGACGAAUUUGUUCGCGGUUGCCACUUGGGUGUUUUCCCAUCAUAUUACGAGCCUUGGGGGUAUACUCCUGCCGAAUGUACGGCCAUGGGGAUACCAUCUAUCACAACCAACUUAUCUGGAUUCGGUGCGUACAUGGAAGAUUUGAUUGAGAAAAACCAAGCCAAGGACUACGGUAUCUACAUUGUCGACCGGCGGUUUCAAUCAGCAGAUGAAUCGGUCGAGCAAUUGGUCGAUCUGAUGGAAGAAUUCGUACAAAAGACAAGGAGACAAAGAAUUAAUCAACGGAACCGGACCGAGCGACUCUCUGAUCUUUUGGACUGGAAACGAAUGGGACUUGAGUAUGCCAAGGCGCGUCAACUAGCGCUUCGUAGAGCUUAUCCCGAUCGUUUCAAAGCCGUGGUCGGAGAAGAAGUCAGUGACAAAGACAUGGACGCCUUGGCGGGCAAUAAGAAGUUCAAAAUUGCACGUCCUUUAAGUGUUCCUGGUUCACCCCGCGAAAGUCGUGCGGGCAGUGUUGGCAGUGCCAUUCUCAUGACCCCUGGAGAUCUGGGAACGCUCCAGGAUGCCAAUUCUGCCGAUGAUUAUUUCCAUCUCAGCAUGGGUGUUGACGAUGAAGAAGAAGACGAACUAGAUCAUCUAGCUGAGUGA